AUGAAACUUAAUGAUAUUGCAGUUGAAGUGUCUGUUCAUUCUAACGAGACAAUAAAUCUUCAAAGAGGCUACAAAAAGCCGAGUGUACAUAAAAGAAUAUUUAUUGUUGAAGAUGCUUCAUUAAAGAAUAAAAUUGAGAACUUUUAUAGAUCAUCGACUCAUACAGCACUCACUCAUACCAAGCAGUCAGAAUAA